UUUUCUUCAUCACUGCAGCUCCUCUAAGACAGACUUUCACUCUCCAGUCUACUUAAAUCUCUGCAAAACCGCUUUGCACUCAUCAUGUCUAACAUUGAGAAGGCUAUGGCCCUCCUCAUUGAGUCCUUCAGUAAAUACGCUGCCAAGGAUGGAGACAGCCACAGCCUGACUAAAGGGGAGCUGAAAGAGUUGCUUCAAACUGAACUCGGGGGGCUGCUGGGGAAAGCAAAUGACAAGGAAGCGGUGGACAAAAUCUUCAACAGCCUGGACACCAACAAGGACAACAAGGUGGACUUCGCAGAGUUUAACAAUAUGAUUGGCUGCCUCACUGUGAUGUGCCACGAGUUCUUCUGCAAACGUUAGGGAUCAGAGCGCCAUCUUGGGGCCAGCAGAGAGCACUGCCUUCCUGUGAAAAAGAUCCCAUGACAGCUGUUCUGAAGAAAUAAUUAAUAUUUACUACUAUUUACUAAACUACCAUGAAGUCGCAAAACAAAAAUCUGUUGUAUCGCACAAUAAAAGAAACUUCUUUCUUUGAAACACUUUGCACUUUCGUGUGUUUCUGUAUUUUUGAGCAUUAACAACAAUAUUGGAAAGUUGCACAGACAUGUACUUAUAGUGAGCUUAUGGUACUUGUGAUAUUUGCCCAAAACACUUGAUGUGGUUACGUUUUGUUGACGCUAAGCUUUCAUGCAUUAAAAUCUUACAGCUAGAUUAACUUCAGGAAAGGAAAAACAUAAAAGCAGGUUAUGACAGGAAGGAUGACACUGAUGGUGCUUGUAUCAUACAGAGAGGUAGAACAGAUUUACCAAAGUGCUCCAUUUAAAGCAAUACUAAAUAACUUUUGAAAUAAGAAAUAACACAGUCUUCCUCUUGGAUAUCAUCUCCUCUUUCAUAAAAGACCUGGGGAUUUUAUGCCCCUAAAUAUUUUUUUCAAAAUUAUAUCAAACACCUAUCUUUUUAAUCUGGUUUUGAAUGUGGAGUAAUGUGUGAGCCAUCAUUUUUAAAUUUUAAGCACUGUUUUUCUUAUUUUUAUGUUUAAUAUGGUGUUUAUUUUACUUGCUUUGCUGAUUUUUAAAAAAACAUUUUAUUGUGUUAAUGUCAUUUUUAGUUCUGCAAAAAUUGUAGUUAUUGUUGUUAAUAAUUUUGUUUAUUGUCAUUUUCUCUUAAUGCUAUGUCAAUGUUGCUCCAUUUUGCAAUUUAAGCUGCAUGUUUGUACGUAUGUAUAGUUUAGUUAGAGUUGCUAAUGUUAGCAAACUUCAGACGAUUAA